AUGAAAACCGUAGUAGCCGCCGAACUUUACCAGCAUACCUGCACCGUUUCCACUGAACAGUUCCUAAACCGCAUUCUUCGCGUCGACCGGGACGUCGCUCAGCGUGUCUUGGACCACCUCGUCCUCAAAGAACGCUACCUCAAUGAACGCUGGGUAGAGUUCCCGGAACGGAUCUCCGCAGAGAGGGAGCUUUACGAGCCGUUCAUCAGUCACGCGAGCGAAAUCGGCGCCGUUCUGGAACAACUUGGAGAGACUCCGGAAACGCAUGUCGUUUGGACGAAUGGCGCGAAUCUCGUUCCGCUUUCCGACAACGAGGCGGCAGCAAGGCUCCGUCCCGAUAUAUUGGUCACACUCAAGGCUCAGCAGGAGCAACAGCAACAGCCCCAUCCGCAUUGGUUACGCGUUCAAGUCCCUGUGGAGGUCAAAAAAGACUCGGACGAAGCUACCGUCGCAGACGCCCUUCCUCAACUUUGCAGAUAUAUACGUCUAAUCCUCAGCGAGCAGGUCAAUCGACGCUUUGUUAUCGGACUUUUAUUAUGCGGCACAAAACUCACGGUCUGGCUGUGCGAUCGGUCUGGCUUAAUAGGCACGCAAGCCGUCAUCGACAUACACAAGGAAGCCCUCUCCUUCGUUCGGAUCAUCAUGUCGAUUUCUCACCUGCCACCUGCCCAUGUUGGCUGGGACCCGGAUAUGAAGCUGCUGCGCAGGGUGAAGGGCUUGGAUAACGCGGAUGGCGGUGCUGAAGACCAGGAAAUAGACGAGGACGAUUGGGCGGCGAUCGAGCCCACGGACCCAUCCGUCGUGCCGGCCGACUUCGGAGGCUCGAUCUAUCGCACACGGUGGCAAAUCACCGUACGCAGGCCUGAUGGGGCUAUUCAAGUCUUCCGCACUGUGGAACCUCUCAGCCUCUCGCGUUCGGCAGUUAUGUGCGGCAGCGGGACUACUGUUUGGGAGGUGCAAGACGUUGACACCAAAGAGUUCUUCUCACUCAAGAGGAUGUGGCGCAUCGCCGGCUCUCCCUUAGAAGCAGAUUUGAGACCCGAUCUCCCUGAUGAUGCCCCUGUGGUCAAAAUCUUGUAUUCGGUGGAUGCUUACGUCGGGGACGCUCUCGACAGCACUCUAAGAUUGAUUCGGCAAGGCGUAGAACCAGACAAGCCCGCGAACAUGGGCGAUGGCGACAAGUUGAAAUCGAAGAAGAGGACGUACGAAGAUGUGAACGUGAACGAUAAAAUCGUUCAUAUCGCCAUGGUAGAUGAUAAGACGCUCGAAAUCCUGAACAAUCACCGCUCGCCCGACGAGCGCAUCCGCACGUACACGUUGAUGGCGACGCGUGGCUUUGCUAUCAAGAGAUUCAAGACUGUCCCUCAGCUCUUCGAUGGAAUGCGCGAUUCUAUCAAAGGUCAUCGAAUGCUGUGGCUCAAGGGUCAUCUCCAUAGAGAUAUUAGCCCGGGUAACCUCAUCAUUCCCCAGUCAGAUGCCAAGUAUGCUGGCUGCGUGAUUGACCUUGAUCACUCAAGGAAACUGGAGGGGACAGUAGCUACGUAUCCGUUUCCACAGGCGGAUGUUGAUGAUUGCGCGACCGUCGUUCAACUGGCAAGCAUUUACAAGAUCAAAGUCUCGCCCACCACUGCGUCAAAUCUGAUGGCCGGCUUUCCGAACGCAUAUGCAGCGGUAGAUUUUGUGAGGACCGUACAGGAUUUCUUGUCCGACAAGCGAAAUGUGGAAGGUUUCAUACCAACAGAAUCUUGGCCCGAGAUGGAUGACGGUGAAGACUCUUUUGUGCGCACGGGCACUAAGGCCUUCAUGAGCGCCGAGCUCUUUUCGGGUCAGCGAUACUUUCCAAAGAUCAAGGACUACAAGUUUCUGAUACCGUCGGAGGAGAAUGUCAAGCAGACCGUCAUCCACGAUAUCGAAUCGUUCUUCUGGGUUUUGAUCUAUCUGUGCCUUACGCGCAAGGGUGACGGCAAGUGGCGCAAGGAACUGUGUGAAGAUCCCCCAGAGGGCGAUGUUAAGGCACAACGCCUGCACACCAUCGUCUAUUGUCUUUUCGACUCCUCCUUAGAUCAGGUGCUCCAAUACAACAAGAGGCAAGCCUUUGAGAAUCCCUCCAAAUUAGUCAAGUUCGUCAUUCCUGCCUUUCACCCGGACCUGGCAUGCUUUGGAGAGCUCGUACUGGACUGGUGGCGUCUCCUCAUUUUCUCGUAUCAGAACUAUAACUACUUUACACCCGGAGUCAUACACGAUCAAGUCCUCAAGCUCUUCGACCGUCACUCGGAUGCCAUCAAGGCUCAGUUCGCCGCAAGGAUGCCGCCCACCGAGGCCGGUCCGCUUGCUGGCCAAGUGUCAUAUGCGUCGGGCGAGCACCAGGACGCCGCAUUGUCGCAGGAGAUCGACGGAAAGCUCCAUCAAACGAAAUUUGAGACUCCUCGGAAACCGCAGACAAAGGCUGCACCGGGUAGUUUUGGUCACCCUAUACCGUUCAAUCCGACCCCGGACGUCAAAUCCUCGAAUCCUGCCUCUAAACGGGCGAAGGUGGGACGGAAAUGA